ACCCCUUUGUUGUGAAUCACCAAUCGGGCUCGAAGCCCAAAUAAACAACAUAGCAAAAUACUGUGCAAUCGAAUAAAUAUUUGUGUUAAUGUUAAGUUAAUUCCAUCAUCCCCAUUCAGUGGAAAUGUUUUCCUUUUUCAAAAGCAAGAAACCUAGCCCGGUCCACACGGCAGAGGAACCGAUUCCGGGACCUAUUCCCCCAGCGCCCAGGGAUGAUGAUUUUAUCUUCAUAGAACAGAAAGGUUCCACGCCUCCAUCGGGUAUCACCGAUGGACUUUAUCCCAACCUUCCGGGUGUUCCAGUGCCAGCGGCCAAUUCGUCCGGUCAGGUACGCCAGAAAAGCGAAGAAAAAAUGAGUCAUCAUCUAGAGGGAGUGCCAUUCAAACUAGCCCCAACACUCGCCCCGGACAAUAAUGCGGAAAUUAGUCAGUAUCAAGUGAACGAAAUACUCGCGUUCAUCGCCAGAAGGAAGCACUCCCCACUGGAGUAUGAUUUUAGCCUCGAGAGAAGCGUGCUGUCGGAUGGGUGAAUCCGGAACGUUAACAGAACCCCAGUGGAUAAAGCUCAAGUGUCGAUUCGACUAGUUACUUCAGAAUGUUACUACGCAAUUCAGCAGCUAUUCGUGCAACGGUUUGCUAGUGAUGUGGCAUUAUAAAAUAUAAUAAUAGAUUUAAUGGCUAUGUUUGUAAAUCGCUCGUUGUUCAACAAAUGUCUAUGGAAAGCUUUAAAAAAACAUGUAAUGUAAACAAUGAAAUAAAUUUAUUAGAAAAAUA